AUGGCAGAAACUACUCCAAGAAGGUGUGGCUUGUGUUGGAUGCUGUGGGACCAUUUUACUUUCGUCGCCAGGGUUUGGGGAAUUUUAACGGCAAUCGGUUUAUGGGGUAUUGGUAUUGAAACAUGUCAUCGAGGAGAUCACAUUGAAAUUGGUGUUUAUCUUAUAUUUACUGCCAUAAUUGUUACUUUUUUUGAAGCCUUGUUUUUACUGAAUCCAUGUGUUAAGAAGUGUUGCAGUGAAGACACUUGUUGUGGUAAAUGUUGGAGUGGCAUCCUCUGGAUAGAUAAUUGGAAGCGAGGUAUUCUUUAUAUAUUGUUAUCCAUAGUAUGUUUUCUAAACCCACACACAGUAUGGAUGGCUGUUAUAUCAGGCAUAAUGUUGAUAAUUAGUGCUGUAUUGCACUCAUUACAUACGAUAAAAGAUGCCAAGGACAAGCAAGGUAUUUCAAACGAAAAUUAUGGACGUUUUCGAGAAGUUGAAGGGGAUGAUAUGAUAGCUCCAAUUGGUGGCGCACGAGUUGAUGCAGCAACGCAUAGUAUUCAUAAUAUUGAACCCUUGUUUAAAGAAGAUGCAUGGAAUGAUGAGAGUACAAAAGAUGUGGAGGAAGAAAUUCGAUCAAAUCCAUUUAGAGAUGAAAGUACAGAGCGCAAGCGAAGCAAUUCUUUUGAUCUCGGGACAGGAAGCAGUGGUCUUGCGGCAGAUGAUGCACAAGUUACCGGAACGCUAGAAGUUUGAUUCUGAAGUACAUAUAGUUUAAAAAGAAACAAAAAAAAAACUGUUGUAAUUUGAAAACUGUAUUAUUAUAUUUUAUGUUUCUGAAUAUUAGAAUUUUUAAUAGAACAACUGCAUGAUGGGUAAAACUGCAUGCAAUUCAUGCGUUUUGCAAUUGAUGUGAGUUUUGAUAGUGAGUUACUAUUUAAGACUGAGAAGGAAAGUGACUUUCGGGAAUCGGGAAUAUUACCGUGAAUCAUGUCGUUUAGCGUUAUUCUUUCCUGAUGUUAUCUAUUGUAAUACAGAGUGUAGCUGUUUAUUCAAAUGGAGCAUUCUAAUUGGUUGAUUGGUACCCGGUUUGCCUGAUUAUGAGACACUAUAUCUGAGCCCUAUUUGAGGUUGUUUUUGAACUCUCCAAAAAAUUGUGCAUGGAUUGAAAAUAUUGAAUGUUUUACCAACACUUCUAUGAAUCAUUCAUGUUAAGGGACCUUGCCAUAUUAUCACAUGAUUACGGGCAGUGCUUCAUUCUUUAUCCUCUAUUAUAUAUUGCCACUAUCAGAAUUUGAGGUUUUUAUGAUGUCAUAGCUGUGCAUUAUCACGUGAUAAUGGGCAGUGUAUCAUCCUUUAUCCUCUAUUUUAUAUUGCCACUAUCAGAAUUUGAGGUUUUUAUGAUGUCAUAGCUGUACAUUAUCACAUGAUUUUGGGCAGUGCAUCAUUCUUUAUCCUCUAUUAUAUAUUGCCACUAUCAGAAUUUGAGAUUUUUAUGAUGACAUAGCUGUACAUUAUCACAUGAUUUUGGGCAGUGCAUCAUCCUUUAUCCUCUAUUAUAU